AUGGAGGUGGAUACAGACGAGAAACGGCAUCGCACACGCUCCAAAGGUGUUCGAGUUCCUGUGGAACCAGCCAUACAAGAGCUGUUCAGCUGUCCUACUCCUGGUUGCGAUGGGAGUGGCCAUGUUAGUGGUAAAUAUGCAAGACAUAGAAGUGUUUACGGCUGUCCUUUGGCCAAGAAAAGGAAAACUCAAGAAAACAAGCCUUUAGAACCCUCACCAAAAAGAAAACCUUACUCCUCAAAAACUGACAACUCCUCAGUAGACGAGUGCUAUGAAACAGACGGCACAGAGGAAAUGGAUGAGAAGGAAGAGGAAGAAGAAUAUUCAGAUGACAAUGAAGAUCAGGAGGAUGAAGAAGAUGAGGAAUUAGAUAGGGAUGAUGAUGAUGAAAUUGAAGAAGACGAAGAGGAAGAAGAAGAUGAAGGAGAGGAAAUAGAAGAGGAUGAUGAAGAAGAGGAUGACGAGGAAUAUGAUGAAGAUGACCAAGAUAACAACCAUCACUCAAUGGAUUGUCACAGCUCUCGAAUAAUGCACGACACGGAAAAGGAUGAUAAUAACAAUGAUGAAUACGAUAAUUAUGAUGAACUGGUAGCCAAGUCUUUGUUGAAUCUUGGCAAAAUAGCCGAGGAUGCUGCGUACAGAGCCAGGACAGAAUCUGAAAUGAACAGCAAUACAUCUAACAGCUUGGAAGACGACAGUGACAAGAACGAGAACGUGGGACGGAAAAUGGAGCUCAGUUUAGACUUGGACAGUGAUGUUGUUAGGGAAACAGUGGAUUCCCUCAAACUGUUGGCACAAGGACAUGGCGUUGUACUUUCUGAUAACCUCAAUGAUAGGAAUUACAUUGACAAUUCCUCCCAGGAAGAUACGAGGAAUAUGAACUAUUUGACGUUAGGAAAGCCGAUGAAUAAUGGACAUGCCGAGAAAAUGGUGGAGGAGAGCGAUGAGGAGGUGUGCUUGAGCAGUUUGGAAUGCUUACGUAACCAAUGUUUUGACCUUGCACGAAAACUUAGUGAAACUAAUUCGGAGAGAAGUCAGCAACAAUGUACGGGUAUGAAAAUACCUAGGAUGGAUGAAGACUAUUGUGAUCGAAUACCAGACAGGAAUUAUUCAGACAUGAUGAACUUAAUGAGACUUGAAGAACAGUUGAGCCCCAGAUCAAGAACUUUUUCUAGCUGUGCAAAAGAGGAUGAUUGCUUUGAAAGAGAUGAUGAUACUACCUCCAUCACCUCAGACAGGUCAGAAGAAGUCUUUGAUAUGACAAAAGGUAAUCUGACACUGCUAGAAAAAGCCAUAGCCCUGGAGAGCGAGAGAGCAAAAGCAAUGAGGGACAAGAUGGCCAUGGAAGCUGAAAGGAGAGAUUUAAUGAGAGCUUGUGAUGAACAUACUAUGAGACACCUCUCAGGGGAGGAAAGAAGGCCAAAGUCCACUGAUGGCCAUGUCAAAAAGCCAUGUUAUACAAAAGAUCUCUCACGGACUGAGAAGAAAGAGAGCAAAUGUCCAACCCCUGGCUGUGAUGGCACAGGUCAUGUGACUGGCUUAUAUCCCCACCAUCGGAGUUUAUCAGGUUGCCCACACAAAGACAGGGUACCUCCAGAAAUUCUUGCCAUGCAUGAAAAUGUUCUUAAGUGCCCUACACCAGGUUGCACCGGCAGAGGUCACGUAAACAGCAACAGGAAUUCUCACAGAAGUCUUUCAGGAUGUCCUAUUGCUGCUGCAGAGAAACUAGCAAAAGCUCAAGAGAAACAUCAAAGUUGUGAUCCAUCAAAAUCCAAUCAAGCAUCUGAUCGUGUUUUAAGGCCUAUGUGUUUUGUCAAGCAAUUAGAAAUCCCACAGUACGGUUACAGGAACAAUGUAUCAACAACCACACCUCGCUCCAACUUGGCCAAGGAACUAGAGAAAUAUUCAAAGACUACGUUUGAGUAUAACAAUUAUGAAAACCAUGCAUAUGGAAAGAGGGCUAUGGCUCCAAAGGUGCAGUCCAGGGAUAUAUCUCCAAAAGGGUUUGAUGCUAAACGUUACUGUAAGAACUCCAGCCCGACAAGCAGCACAACGAGCAGCUAUGCCCCCAGCAGCAGCAGUAGCAAUAUGAGUUGUGGUGGAGGCAGCAGCGCCAGCAGUACGUGUAGCAAAAGCAGCUUCGAUUACUCCCAUGACAUGGAAGCCGCACACAUGGCUGCUACCGCAAUCCUGAACCUGUCAACUCGCUGCAGGGAGAUGCCACAAAACCUCUCCACCAAACCUCAAGAUCUCUGCAACAGGAAUCCUGACAUUGAUGUGGAUGAAAAUGGAACACUGGACCUUAGCAUGAACAAACAGAGACACCGAGAUGGUUGCUGCUCCAUUCUAACUCCACUGGAACCAAUGUCACCACAGCGGCAGGCAGUGAUGAAUAGCCAGUGUUUCCAAAUGAAUGAGAGUGACUGCUGGGACUUACCAGUAGACUACACUAAAAUGAAACCCAUGCGGAUAGAUGAAGAUGAUUCCACAGAUAUUCAUCAUGACGAUCUGGAUCCAUUCCAUGAUGCCCUUGAAGACAGAAGGUACCCUGGUGAAGUUACAAUUCCAAGCCCUAAGCCCAAAUAUCCUCAGUGCAAAGAGAGCAAAAAGGACUUAAUAACAUUGUCUGGCUGUCCACUGGCAGAUAAGAGCAUUCGGAACAUGAUGGCCACUAGUUCACAGGAACUCAAGUGUCCAACUCCUGGCUGCGAUGGUUCUGGACAUAUUACUGGAAACUAUGCUUCCCAUAGAAGUCUUUCGGGCUGUCCCAGGGCAAAGAAAAGCGGGAUCAAGAUAGCACAAAGCAAAGAAGACAAAGAAGACCAAGAACCAAUCAGAUGCCCAGUCCCAGGGUGUGAUGGUCAAGGGCACGUGACGGGGAAAUAUGCAUCCCAUCGCAGUGCAUCUGGAUGUCCUCUGGCAGCCAAGAGACAGAAAGAUGGCUACUUAAAUGGUUCCCAGUUCUCAUGGAAAUCUGGAAAAACCGAAGGAAUGUCCUGUCCUACCCCAGGAUGUGAUGGCUCUGGACACAUCAGUGGUAGUUUCCUUACACACCGAAGUUUAUCGGGAUGUCCACGAGCCACAUCAGCAAUGAAGAAAGCCAGAUUGUCAGGAGAAGAGAUGAUGACUAUAAAGCAGCGGGCGACAAAUGGUAUAGAAAAUGACGAGGAAAUAAAACAAUUGGAUGAAGAAAUAAAGGAACUCAAUGAGUCUAAUUCCCAGAUGGAAUCUGAUAUGAUUAAGCUGAGAACUCAGAUUACAACAAUGGAGAGUAACCUGAAGACAAUAGAAGAGGAAAACAAAGUCAUUGAGCAGCAAAACGAGUCUCUUCUGCAUGAACUGGCCAAUCUCAGUCAGUCUUUAAUUCAUAGUCUCGCUAAUAUCCAGCUACCCCAUAUGGACCCCAUCAACGAACAAAAUUUUGAUGCCUACGUGACCACAUUGACGGACAUGUAUACAAAUCAAGAUCGCUAUCAAAGCCCGGAAAAUAAGGCACUUCUAGAAAACAUAAAACAAGCUGUAAGAGGAAUACAAGUCUAA